GACCGGAAGAGUAGAGUCCGCCGGUCGUGACAGAAGUGGGCAGGACUGACGAAAGUCCCUUAAAACGACUCUGAUCUGACCCGAAUACAGCUUCCAAUCAAUACCCUAUAGUGUUUGUUUGGGGUUUUUUAUUUUACAGAUUCGACCCACUUUUCUUAAUGUUUUUGUAAUUCUUUCGGACGUAAUGGCAACUGGUGAUGACGUGCGGGAAAAUGUGAAGAAGUACUAUGGCAGUCGACUGGAGUCCUCUGGUGAUUUGCAAACCAGUGCUGCCUCCUGCAGUUUGUCCUGCUGCCCAGUGCCAAGAAGUGUCACAGAGGCACUGAGCCUGGUUCACCCGGAUGUAACCAAAAGAUUCUUCGGUUGUGGUCUUCCGUUCCCAGCAAAGCUCGAGGGCUGCAGAGUGCUGGACCUCGGCAGCGGCUCUGGCCGAGACUGCUAUGCCUUCAGUAAACUUGUUGGACCUAGCGGACACGUGACAGGGAUUGAUAUGACAGAGGAGCUGAUCACAGCCUCUCGUCAGUACGUUGAGUAUCAUCAAAAGAAGUUUGGCUAUAAGGACCCCAACGUCACCUUUGUCCAGGGGUACAUGGAGAAGCUCGGUGAAGCUGGCAUACAGAGUGACUCAAUGGAUGUUGUGCUAUCCAACUGUGUAAUCUGUUUGUGUCCUGAUAAAAGAGCAGUGCUACAGCAAGCCUACAACAUCAUUAAGGAGGGAGGUGAACUGUACUUCAGUGACAUGUAUGCCAGCAAAGUUGUUCCUGACCACAUGAAGCAAGAUACAGUCCUCUGGGGUGAAGGAAUGGGUGGUUCUAUGUUUUGGCAAGACCUCAUUUCAUUGGCCCACAGCGUAGGGUUCAGCACUCCGCAUCUUGUUUCAGCAAGCCACAUUGUGGUCCACAACAGUGAACUCAAAGCAAAAGCAGGUGACAUCAGCUAUGCCUCAGGCACCUACCGGCUCUUUAAGCUGCCCAAAAGUCCAGUCAUGUCCAAGGCAACCGUGACCUAUAAAGGAACUUUGGCAGAUUUCCCGGAUAAGCUGGACUUUGAUUCAUCACACUGUUUCAAGAAAGAUGUUGCCGAGGAGGUAAAUGGAGAGAUGGCAGCUGUCCUCCAGAGUUCCCGUUUCUUCCCUGACUUCGAAAUUCAGACGUCGAAUAAACCAGAUUCCAGCUCAGAGUCAACACCACAGUACUGCAGCCUCAACCCAUUCCUGCUGGCUGACAAACUGGGAUCCUCUGUCAAAAAAUGCUCCAAAACAAGCAAAUAAAGGAGGUCGCUGAAUACAGAAGAAAUUGUUCUGAAGACCGAGGACACACACAGGCAGCGGAUGGUUUAUGAGAUGUUAAACUCUCACAAGCGCACAAAAAGCACAGUAUGACAGAAAAGGGGACAAGUUGAACAGAUUCAGAGCUGCAAAUAAUAACAGAAGUGGAAUUAAAAAUCGUAACACAUAAUCCCUCCCUAGUGUGUUUGAUAAAAAGGGUUUGACCACACAUGAUGACGAUUACAUUGUGUUUUUCAAUAACCAUUCGAGAUGCAAAAGCAACUGUCUGACUGUCAAAACCUAAAACAAAUAAAGCAGAAAAGGUUAUGUACACAUGA